AUGUCGUCGAAAGAGACAUGGUGGUCAGGUGUAAAGAUGGGUCCUCCUGACCCUAUUUUCAGCAUUAACGACGCCUUCAAAAAGGACAAAAACAAGAAGAAAGUUAAUUUGGGCCUUGGGGCCUAUCGAGACGAGAAGGGAAAACCGUUUGUUCUGCCCAGCGUUCUAAAAUGUGUGAAAUGCAUAGCAUCAAGAAAAAUGGACAAGGAGUACUUGCCGAUAGUCGGACACACCGGAUUCCGCAAAGCUGCCGCCAAAUUGGCUUUUGGGGACGCCUGUCCCUUCAAAGAGGGGCGCUACGUCUCCAUCCAGGGCAUUGGAGGAACAGGAUGUCUCUCUUUGGGAGCCCUGUUUUUGAAAAAGCACUUUCCCUGUGAAAAAGUGGUCUGGCUGCCGAAACCAACUUGGGCCAACCAUCCUAAGAUUUUUGCCCUGCAAGGACUUAAGGUCAAGGAGUAUGAUUAUUAUGACCAUGCCAGUCAUAAAGUGAAUUUUGCUUGUUUGUGUGAAGCUUUACACCCUGAAAAAAACAUAAUUUUGCUCCACGCCUGCGCCCACAACCCGACAGGAGCAGAUCCUGAUCGAGAACAAUGGAGAGAAAUUGCAGAAAUUGUGAAGAAACGAAAAAUAUUCCCAUUUUUCGAUAUGGCCUAUCAAGGUUUUGCGACUGGAAAUAUAAAAAAUGACGCAUUUCCAGUCCGCCACUUCCUGGACGAAGAAAUUCAGGUCAUGGUGGCUGCCAGUUUUUCUAAAAACAUGGGAUUGUACGGUGAGAGAAUCGGUGCAUUAUUGAUGACCACUUGUUCAAAAGUGGAGGCUGUUAAAAUCGAAUCACAAAUGAGACUUCUCAUAAGACCCUGGUACUCCAAUCCACCCAUCGGAGGAGCCAGAAUUGUGAAUGAGAUUUUGACCAGCGAGGACUUUUAUCCAAUGUGGUUAAAAGAUGUAAAGGCGAUGUCAACACGAAUCGCAAACAUGAGGGAAAAAUUAGUCUGCGAGCUAAAAAGUGCAGGUUCCAAAAGAGACUGGUCAUUCCUUGGCUGUCAAGUCGGUAUGUUCUCCUUGUUGGGGAUCAACGAGAAACAGGCUGUUGAAUUAAUGAAGAAGCACCAUGUCUAUUUAAUGAAAACGGGCAGAAUUUCAUUUGCAGGCAUCAAUUGUAAGACUGUUAAACCCGUGGCAAAAGCCAUACACGCAGUAACUAAGUAA